UGGUAUGACCAAAUUGUUUUGUUUUUACAAGUAGACUGAUCCUAAAACUGGUGUUUUCCUACCAUAAAAAUUGUGAUUUCUACUUAGUUGUAAGCAUGUACUAUUUCUAAAUCUUUUAAUUUAGACCUACCGAGAUUAUAAUAAUUAUGGGAAUUAAGUUACAAUUUUUGUUACUUUAACAACUAACAAUCAAAUGAAUCAUUGGACUUGGACUCACUUGACUCAUCAACUUUAAACUUUAAUUAACUUAUCAAUCACUCGCUACCUUUAGUAAUUUUAAUAAAUUAUUAAUUAUUAACUUCGUAUUAUUAUUAAAUACGUAAAUACGUAGAAAUUGUCAUUACUAUUAUUAUUAGUAUUACACAGUAGACUCAGUAGUCAGUAGGCUAAUUUAAUUUAGUCACGACAUUGGUGGUUCAUUCUCAUUACUAGCCUAGGAAUCCUUGUAGGAUUAUAAUAUUACACUACACUAUAAUUUGUCUAUUUUAUUAAUUUAAUUGUAAUCAAUAAUCAUUUAUUAAUUUAAAUUCAAGAAUUUGUUUCUAAAAUUCACUUCCAGGACUGGGAUACAUUCAUUACAAGGCAAUGGUCUGUCUAAGAGUCAGAGUAGAAUUAAAACUGCCUUCUUCUAGGCCCCUAGAAAUGCCACAGGCAGCAGUCCUAAGCCAAGCUACUUAGUUAUGACUAUAACAUAUUUAAAGGCUUAUUUUACACUUUACAGUAAUUACAGAAUCUUAGCCCAAAGCCAAAGACUGACUAAGGAAGGAAGUUAGAUAAUAAAUAAGUCUGAUUUCAAAUAGUUCAUAUUACUAUUACUACUACUAAUACUAAUUACCAUUUUUAUUUAUAUAUCAUUAAUGUGGUAGGCUUUACUAAAGUUGAAGUAUAUCAAAAUUGUAUCUAGUCUAGGGCCUACAACAUUUCUUAACACAAAUUUUCUUUCACUGAACUUAAAUAUCCACCAGAUCCAUAAAAAAAAGGAUUUGAUUAAAUUUUUCAAUACAAAAUCAUAGGCAUAGUCUCUGAAGUCAGAAUGCUCAAGUUGAGAAUAUAGACAUUAACUAAAUAAAUCAUCAUUUUUAUAUACAUUUUCAAUUACACUUAUUCUUAUAAGUUUGUUGUAGCCUAGUAUUAAUAUGAAAAUUUAAUUAAGAUUCUUCUCCUUUAACCCUUUCAUUACUGCUGGUUUUGGCAUCAAUUUUUGCUGACUCCUUUAUUUAUUAUUCUAUAAGCAUAUUUUGAUAAUUAUAAAAAUGGGUAUUUUUUUUAAUCACACAUUAAUUAAGUUAUACAUUUUCCUGUGUGUUUUUUUAUAAAGCUUAGAAAGCCAAGGAAUUAUCUUUUUGUAUGAGUCACAAUGUCUCAUACAGCUGUCUACUUAGAUAAAGGCAGCGGAGAAAUGGCUACUCAACCCAGUACAAGCUCAAGCGAACAAUCCAAUCUAAAAACUGAAAUGGGAAGUGGGGACAAGAAAGAAAAUAUUUCAGAACUAAACGCUGCCUUUAGUGUUGUAAGUAACAUGGAACUCCUGGAGAGCGGCCCUGAGGGAGCUGAGAACAUUGGUGCCAUGCAUGACUUCCUCAGUGCCAAGUGGGACCCUGAUGAUCCCACUGACACAGAGGUGACAAGCCCACCUUCACCAUCCUGCAUUAGACGUAUUAAAAAGUAAGUUUUCAUUAACCUUGGGUACUACAGAAACAUCCAGAAGACAAAAAAAUAGAGUGGGGGGGGGGCACACCAAUAAUUUACUAUAGGGUGUCUUUAACAAAAAAAUGAAUGUCCUUCAUGCCAAUCAUGAUCUAUCCUCUAGUACCUUACAUCUUAGCUAAUUUAUCAAUUUUUUAACUGUAUGUAUCCUCAACUCUUGUUUUUAACUUACCGGGUCACUAGUUACAAAAUGAUCCAUAUUAAAUUACCCCAAAAUUUCUUACCUGAACUUUAAAUUGCCAUUUUCUUUAUUUAUUUCAGUGACAUUUUAGCCAUAUAUUCUGAUCCACCUCCUGGUCUUUGCGUCAUGCCUGACCCUAACAACAUAACUAAAGUGAGUAAUGCUUUGGAAGAACUGUCCCAAAAUGUGGCCUGUGGGCACUGUGGGCUAUUUUAAAUGGCCCACAAGAGCACACACAAAUUGUAUUAAACAAAAAAAAAGAAAAAAAGAAUGGCACAUCAGAGAUUGCCUUAGUGUCUUCCAUUACUAACCAGUUAAAAUAAAUGAGAUGAGGUCAGCACAGUCUCAUGUACUUAAUAGUUAAUAGCAUAUCACGGUUAAUAAGUAAAUGGCAUAUUUUAAAAUAAGCAGUAGUUAGAACAUCUAAAUAAUACUCCACUUUGCAGAAUGCUCAAUGCAUGAGUAAUUAAUGUAAAUGUAUACUAACACAGCAAAUUGAAUGUUAAAAUUUGAAUAAAGAAUAAACAAAGCAACACAUUAUUUAGCUACAAACCUUCAUGAUGGACAAAAAAAAUGUUUUUAAAAAUCAAUGUAAGAGACAAAAUGAAUUAAAAUGGGCCAUGUAUGGAUCUAAGAAUAAGCCAUUGCUAAGAUUUAUUUCAGUAACAGUAUAUCUUUAUAAAUGUAUUAUUAACACUAAUUCAAAUUCGUUCAAUCAAACUUGAUUUUUUUUCUUUAUUUGUCUUUAAAAUUUAAAGAAAAUGUAUAUUUUCAGAUCCAUGCUCUUCUCACUGGACCAUUCGACACACCUUAUGAAGGUGGAUUUUUUUACUUCCUCAUUCGCUUCCCUUCAGAUUAUCCUAUUAGCCCACCCAGAGUUCGAUUAAUGACAACAGGGAACGGUACCGUAAGAUUCAAUCCAAACUUAUACAAGAAUGGCAAAGUCUGCCUAAGUAUUCUUGGGUAAGUAGGGAAAUUUUUGCAUCUUGGGGUAAAUCUAUAAAUACUUAGAGCUUUGGAUGUGGCCUUGUAUAUUGUAAUAACCCAAUGCAUCCUUGUGUUUUAGUGUAGCUCAGAAGAUCAUUUAUAUCAGCUUAACACUAUCUAUGUAUUUCUAUAUGUUUUAGGUAAAAAUAGUUUAGCCAUUAAAAGUGACCUCAUUCAGCUGAGAUAUGAGUGAUUUAAAGGCUCAAUUAAUGUGUCUAAAUAAUGUCUGGUUUUUGUUUGAUAUUUUCCCAAUAUUCCUCCAGGACCUGGGCAGGGCCCUCAUGGAGUCCAGCUCAGACUCUCUCAACAGUUCUCAUCUCUAUCCAGUCCUUGAUGAAUGAAAAGCCCUACCACAAUGAGCCAGGCUUCAAACACGUGAGUGGCCUUGUUUAAUGAUUACUAACAAUGAAAUUGACUUACCUUCACAACUGAGUGUCACUGAAGUUUUAACGUUUUUACAAACAACUUUUGAGCACUAAGAAGGUCAUAAACUAAAACAUCGUAAACUAAAACAUCAUAAACUAUAGCAUCAAAGAACCUAUCUAUCUCCAACAUAUCAAAACUCUUUACAAUAAUCAUUUAUUUGUUGUUUUUGUUGAAAUUUUAUUCUUAACUGAAUAUCUCCCAUCAAAACAAUUGAAAUAACAACAAAAAAUUCCAUUUAGUAUAUGCCAUUUAAUUGUUUAUUAUUUAAUUUUUACAAUUAAGUUUGACUUGCUAAGGAUGUUUUAUUUACAUUUUACGAAUGAAUUAUAAAAAAACUGAGCCACUAAAGGAGAUUGUUAAAAAAAUAGUAGCUUGACUGGAGAAUAAAACUGGUGUCAAAUGUGUGGAGGGAUCUAUAGAGGCAUUAAUUUGUGUGUGAUGUGAUUUGUAAAUUUAAAAUUAUUGCUGGCUGGGACUUCCAAAGGUAAGUUAAAAUUAAAAGUAUAGAAUAAAAUUUUGGUUCCAGACUUGGGUCAGGUACGGUAACUUAAGUAUAUAUUUAUCCACAGGAGAGAACUUCAGGUGACUCUAAGCAUUACAAUGCAAUCAUACAACAUGAGACAAUUCGUGUGGCGGUGUGUGACAUGAUUGAUGGCAACAUAAGGAUACCUGAUACAUUGAGGUCAGUUUACUGAUACAUUCAGGUCAGUUUACUGAUACAUAGCUUGAGAUUUUAGGACACCAGUGGGGCUAGUUCACUAUAAUGUAAAUGAUGAGGAUAUAUAUGGCAUCCCUUCGUCUUCACAGGAGGAUUGAAUAGCUAUUGACACUUCAUCAAAUGGCAGUCUCUGCUGCAUUUCUCGCAGGAGAACCUUGACUCCUCAUUAAGUUUGGCUUUCCGUAUUGCUCUUUUUGUUGCAAGGGCUUCGUUUCGCGCAUCUUCUGGCUUUUUUUUUACCUCUUCAUAAUCUGCUGUUUGCCAGCUAGAACAGUGCUCAGCGAUGUUCUCCCAUUCGCCGAUGUAAACGGGGAUGUAUGGACACCAUAAGUAUACAUUAAUAUGUAGCUUUUGCUAAUAAUAGGAUACAAAAUAAAUUGAGGGUCUUUUUUUAAUACUAUGUUAAUAAACCUGAGUACCGGUAUGUAAAUUUUGAAGAACUAUAAUGAUAGUAUAAGCCCACUGUAAAAGUGAGGCAAUGUUUCCUGUACCUUGACCCAGUUAUUUUGGUUUCAGGGUUGUGAUGGAGAGCUCCUUCCCAGACUAUUACAAAUAUUAUGUCCAGGUGUGUGAAUCCAAUCUCCAUCUGGAUGCCAUGGAUAUGAAUGUAAGGAAACCUGAUAGUCAUUUGUCCUUUGAAAGGACUUGCAUUUUCAUUUCAAUUUCUGUUCAUAUUUGUUAUAUUCUGGGUUUUUUUUUUUAAGAUUGAUCACAAAGUUCAGAUAAACUUUUGGGUGGUCUUAAUGAAGUACAAGUAAGUUUUAGGUGAUCAUACCAAGUCCUGGUGAAAUUUGUAAGUGAACAGUCGGUACAGGUAAACUUGUGAGUGGUCAUUAAGUCCAGGUAAAUGUGUGAGUGAUCAUUAAGUCCAUGUCAAGUUGUGAGUGGUCAUUAAGUCCACAUCUUGUGAUUGGUCAUUAAGUCCACAUCUUGUGAGUGGUCAUUAAGUCCCGGUAAACUUGUGAGUGAUCCAUGUCAACUUGUGAGUGGUCAUUAAGUCCAGUUGAACUUGUGAGUGGUCCAUGUCAACUUGUGAGUGGUCAUUAAAUCCAUAUCAACUUGUGAGUGGUCAUUAAGUCCAGUUGAACUUGUGAGUGGUCCAUGUCAUUAAAUCCAUAUCAACUUGUGAGUGGUCAUUAAGUCCAGUUGAACUUGUGAGUGGUCCAUGUCAACUUGUGAGUGGUCAUUAAAUCCAUAUCAACAUGUGAGUGGUCAUUAAGUCCAGUUGAACUUGUGAGUGGUCCAUGUCAACUUGUGAGUGGUCAUUAAGUCCAAAUUAACUUGUAAGUGGUCCAUGUCAACUUGUGAGUGGUCAUUGAAUGCAGGUAAACUUGUGAGUGGCCAUUAAGUCCAGGUCAAAUCAAAACCAAUCAUUUUUUUGCCCCUCAAAACUUUUGACCACCUCCAAAAGGUUUUAUGCACCAGAUGUCAACAUGUUAAACUAUUGUUGAUCAGCGUUAUCAUUAUUUCACUCUACUGCAGGAUCCUUUUGGUGACGCUCGUCCCAAGUUCGACUUCAAGGGUUCACUGAAGCGACUGAGGGCCAUAAGGGCAAGACUUGACAACAAAACAACUGAAUCUGAUAGUGAGGAUGAAGAGGACGAUGAUGAUGAGGACAAGGAGAGCGACAAAGAGCCGGGGGAGGACGGGAACAGUUGACGCCAGGAGAAUAAGAAUGACCAGGGCACAGGAGGUGACCACACAAUGGCCAGAUGUGGGGGGUGUAACUGUGUCUGCGUGCUGCUUUGAGGGACAGGACUUGGACGUUUUGUGGUGAUGUGCAUUCAUCACAUUAAAUGUAGAGGAACAGAUCAAUGAACAGCUGAAUUGACGGAAGGUUAUAAAAAGAAUAAUUUAAGUAAUGUCUCCCUGGCCAGGAUCAUUCUUAUAUUCAUGUUGGUGUAAAUUUAUUGUUAUUGUGAUAAGGGGAGCUAUGUCUUUGAGAGAAUUGAUGUACACAUAAUGGACUGUAUGAUAUUGUUGACAGCAUAUGAUGUGUUAUGACUGUGGAAUGGUGUACAUGGGACUGUAUGAUGUACACAUUUAUUCAGUUUAUGAAGAUGAUGUAAGGUAAUUUGACUGUAUAAUGGUGAUGUAAAUGUAAUAUUGGGUAGAAGAUAGUGAUGUAAGGAAAUAUUGACUGAAUUAUGGUAUUUUGAAUAUUGGUGUCAGAAGAAAAAAAGAGUGAGACAAGUUAAUUUGGUGUACCUCAGUUUAUCACUUACUCCCAUUAAAAAAUUUUCAUAUAUAGGUAAUUCGAGAUUUGACUAAUGUCCUACCAUAUGUCAAUAUAGAUUCAAAGAGAAGGGAAUUUCAGAACUAAUUGCUUUAAGGUUAGGUAUUUUUAAACUAUUUAUGUGAUAAUUUUAACAUUUAUAUAUGUGAUUAAUGUCAAAGACACAAUUACAUAUCUAAAAUCUUACUUUUGAAACACUCAUUAAGUAAUGUAUUUAUUUCUAUUGACACAUUUUUUUUUCCCACAGACUAUAUACAUUUCUUUACACAUUGAGUAUACCUUUUUGUUUACAGAACAGCUUAAUAAGACUAGCUUAUUUUAUGCAUCUAAUAUGUUGCUUCUGAGCAUUUCAAUGUAUUAAAGAUAACAAUAACUUUUCCCUUGUUAUCAUUCAACAUUUCAUUGGUUGAUGUGUGCAGUGGUUGGCAUAUGCGGCUCUUUAACGACCUGAGUGCUGCUCGGCCAGAUGGCCAGAAAUCGGUUUUGACUCCGAAAAACAUGGUUAUUGACAAGAAAUUUGGCUCUCAAAAAAAAGUUUAAUC